CUUGAAGGUCUUCAAAAGAUGAUGAAGGUCGGUUAUCCUUCAAAGGCUCUGGUUAUCAGAGUCAACCUGGUUUUCCUUGCUUUCUUCCUCCUCGUCUAUGCCGCCCUUCUUCUCCGGCCAUCUUCAUCUGUCUAUCAUGAGAAUGCAGCAUCCCUUGUCCGGUGCUCAUUGCGCGAAUGCCAUCACAAGGGGGACAAAGGGAUUAAGAUGAAGGCAGUCUUGGAAGAACCAGGAGCUAACCAAUCGAAGCCUCUAAGACAAAUGGUAAAGAGAGAGAAACCGAGCUUUUUGAAUGAAAUGGGCAUUGGGUUGAAGAUGGGAAUGGUGAAUAUGGGAGACGAGGAUGUGAGUGACUGGAAAAUCCAUGGAAAGACUAUACCCAUAUAUUUUGAGCAAGUCUCUCAGUAUUUUGAAUGGAAAGACUUGUUUCCAGAAUGGAUUGAUGAGGAGGAGGAGAUCGAAGGGCCGGCGUGCCCCGAGAUUCCGAUGCCAAGCUUUGAGAGCUAUGGAACUAUGGACAUGAUUGUGGUGAAACUGCCUUGCAAGUAUGAAGAAAAAGGGUGGGGGAGGGAUGUUUUUAGGCUGCAAGUUCAUCUUGUGGCGGCGAAUUUGGCGGUGAAGAAUGGGAGGAGAGGGUGGAAUAGGAGGACGAAGGUGGUGUUGCUGAGCAAGUGCAGACCAAUGAUGGAGCUUUUCCGGUGCGAUGACUUGGUGAAACAGGAAAGGGAGUGGUGGUUUUAUGAGCCGGACAUGGUGAAGUUGGAGCAGAAGAUUUCGUUGCCUGUUGGGUCCUGCAAUUUGGCUCUGCCUCUCUGGGGAAAAGAAAUCAACGAGGUGUAUGAUGUGUCCAAGAUCGAACGUAACACCAAGACAGUCAAACGAGAGGCCUACGCCACGGUUCUUCAUUCCUCCGAAACCUACGUUUGUGGUGCAAUAACCCUGGCCCAAAGUCUCCUCCAAACUGGAACGAAACGGGACCUUAUCCUCCUCCUGGACAAGUCCAUCUCUGUGCCCAAACGUGACGCUCUUGCCAAAGCCGGGUGGAAGAUCCGACUCAUCAAGAGGAUCCGAAACCCAAGAGCUGAAAAAGGCUCAUACAAUGAAUACAACUACAGCAAGUUCAGACUAUGGCAGCUCACUGACUAUGACAAGAUCAUCUUCAUCGACUCCGACAUCAUAGUCCUACGCAACCUUGACAUUCUCUUCCAUUUUCCUCAAAUGUCUGCCACGGGCAACGACGCAUCAUUAUUCAACUCAGGUGUUAUGGUCAUCGAACCAUCGAAUUGUACGUUUAAUAUGUUUAUAGAACAUCGAAGAAAGAUUGUGUCGUAUAACGGAGGUGACCAAGGCUUCCUCAAUGAAGUGUACGUGUGGUGGCAUAGAUUGCCAAGGAGGGUGAAUUACUUGAAGAACUUUUGGGCGAACACAUCGAAUGAAGCUAGUGUGAAGAACCAAUUAUUCGGGUCGGAUCCUCCCAAAGUGUAUGCUGUACAUUAUCUGGGAUUAAAGCCAUGGAGUUGUUACAGGGACUAUGAUUGUAACUGGGACAUUGGUAAUCAACGUGUAUAUGCUAGUGACGUGGCACAUGAAAGGUGGUGGAGAGUUCACGACGCCAUGGAUGAGAGCUUGCAGAAGUUUUGUGGGUUGUCGGAGCGAAGAAAGAUUGAGUUGAAGUGGGAUAGAAACAAGGCUAGGAAAAUGGGGUUGAAGGAUGAGCAUUUGAAGAUCAAUGUCACUGAUCCUAGACAGUUCAAUUGAUUGGAAUUCAGAAAGUUCGUUUUUUUUCUUAUUUUGCGCUGUAUUUUUGCACAGAGAAGGAUUUGUGGGACGAA